CCCGAGUCUUCCCGGCCGCGGCAGUGCGCAUGCGUGGCGGCCAUCUUUCUCCCGCCGUGACCCUUCGGGAUACAUUGCAACAGUAAACACAACACAUUAGCUUCAGUGAGUGCAAAAUAACUUUAAAAAUGGUAAAAGGCAACUCUGAUCGUGAUCCUGAAGUUUCAGAAGACAUGGUGGAAUCCAUAGACGAGUUAAAGGAAAGACUGUCAGUCAUGAAGAAGAUGAUGGAGGAGCGGAAGGCAGCUGGUACUGGCACCAAGGAGCUGUUCCAAGGUCAGGCGACCAGCCUCCAAGGAACCACUAUGAUAGAUGGAAACUUCCUUAGCUUUGUCUUCGGAGGAUCCUUAUUUGUGAUCAUCAGUGUAUCAGUAUACGCUUUCUACAACCUAUAUCACGCUGUACUCAAGAAAUUCCCCUCAACCCACACUGAGUUGUAAACUGAACUUUAAUGAAACGCUACAAGGUUCAUUUGUGAUUGGUAUGAAAAAUUGUGUGUGUAAAAUGAUGGACAAUAUUGUUUUCUUAGUUCGGAAUGAUUAAAUUGUGAUUUAACUUU